AUGGAGUUGACCCGGUUGGAGCAAUUUGCGGCCGGUGACGUGGAGGCGUGGCUCGAUGAGUUCGACGGAAUUGCGGCUUGCACGGGUGUGAGGGGGGAUGCAAAUUUGCUAAUUGCUUUGGGCACACGGUUGAGUGGACGAGCCAAGGCGGUGUAUUUGCUCACUCGGAAGGCCAAACCCGGUUGUUCGUUCGCUGAGAUGAGGGCUGCCUUGUGUGCAGAAUUUGGGAAGGAUCUGGAGAGAGAACGAGCACUGCAACGAUUUCACGCAGCCAGGUGGGACGAACAGGAGGAUUUGAUGGUGUUUUUCCAGCAGCUGGACAGACAUCUAACGAUUGGACUCCCCGAGUUAGAGGGCAAAGCAAGAGAGCGCCUACUGAAACAGCAGUUUAUCCGAAGUCUGCCCGGUCCACUCCAUGAUCAGGUGAAAUUGGCGUCGCUGGUGGGAGACAGCAAAGCAUUGGAUCUGGUGACGGUCGCCCAGAAUUUGUCGGAACGAGUGACAGUGAGAAGCAUCCAGCAUGCUGAGUUGGAACAGAAAGUAAAUCGCCUAUCCGAAAUGGUGGAGCAGCUGUUGUCGAUAGAGUCUUCAAGCACCACUUCACAACGCAAUGUACGGGUAAUCCGGAACGGUCGCCGCUGUUUCCGAUGCAACCAGAAUGGUCAUGUGGCGAGAUUCUGCACCAACGUCAAU